GAGUUCAAAAUGAUAUCAUUCAUAAUUCCACACUCUAAAAAAGAGUGAACAAGACAAAGGAGAAAAGGCAGGUUUGAUUUAAAGCUAAGAGGAGCUCGUGUUUUGUACUGUUUUGCUUUUGCUUUUGGUUCUCUUGCGUAUUCUUCCCACCCAUUCUGGCUCGCUUUUUCAAGUUCCGACAGAAGCUCCGGUUCUCACGUCCUACCUCUUGGGCUUUUCCGACAAACGGAACAAAGUAAGAAAUCAGAGAAGAUCGUAUUAGAGAUUGAAUUAUAUAUAUUAAUUAAUUAAUUAACACUUGGGAGUCUCUUGCAAGCUGUGUAACGUGUAUGUAAAACUAAAGAUUGGAAGAUAAAGGGAUAGUGUGGGAUGAUAGGGAUGCAUUGGGCAGUUGGCGUUGGUGUUGCCAGUUGCAACGCUGAUGCUUAUCCAACUCCCAACUCCCAACUCCCAAAUAUCUUCCCCUUUUCUGAAAGCUUCAUAUCUUUUUAAUUACUUUCUUGGACCAAGGUCUAUUUAAUCACUUCUGUCGUGUGCAAGAGGAAAGGAAUUUUAUUUGAAAAAAUACGUACAUCAGUUUUGAGAGUAAGCUCGGGGAAAUACAAAUGGAGACUGGAAAUAGCAGCUCGGCAGUUUCUGAGUGUUUAUCCGCUGCUAGAAAAGUCAAUAAGUCCGCCAAGUACGUCACCGGCAUAUAGUGGCCGUCCAACCUCUUCCCUGGCUCGUUUUACUUUUCCUCGGACUUUUAUGAAUCUUUUCUUAAAAGGAUCUUUUGCUUUGUACUCCAGAAGUCACCAAAGUCACAAUGGCAUUUUGCUCUCACUUCCCAAUUCUAUGGCUUACGCUGCUGUCUUUGCUGUGUUUGAUCGUCACUUCCGGACAUUUCAUACCCAGAUUCCCUGCUGCAGCUGCUGGGCCGGACCUUCAAUCUCGCUCUUCCAAACAUGCCCUUUACAAGACCAAGUUCUUCACUCAGAUUCUUGACCACUUCAAUUACAAUCCCAAUAGCUACAAGACCUUCCAACAGAGAUAUCUCAUCUCCGAUGUCCAUUGGGGUGGAGCCAAGAACAAGGCUCCCAUCUUCGUGUACACAGGAAAUGAAGGCGACAUAGAAUGGUUCGCCAACAACACGGGCUUCAUGUUCGAAACAGCGCCCCAUUUCAAUGCCCUUUUAGUCUUCAUUGAGAUCCCCGGCUCUCACCAUAUUCGUUUUGAUGCUCUGGAAACUGAAAUGCAGCACAGAUUCUAUGGAAAGUCAAUGCCAUUCGGGGGAAAUAAAGAGGUCGCGUACAGUAAUAGUAGCACGCUUGGAUAUCUGAGCUCCGCACAGGCAUUGGCUGAUUACGCCACUCUGAUCAUUGAUCUGAAGAAUAAUCUGUCAGCCUCUGAUUCCCCUGUUGUGGUGUUUGGAGGAUCCUAUGGUGGAAUGCUGGCGGCUUGGUUCAGAAUGAAGUAUCCCCACGUGGCCAUCGGAGCCUUAGCAUCUUCUGCCCCAAUCCUCCAUUUCCUGGAUCUGGUUUCACCAUACGCCUUUACUAACGUCAUCACACAAGACUUCAAGAGCGAAAGUGAAAAUUGUUACGAAGUGAUAAAAGGAUCGUGGAAACAAAUAGAAGACACGGCCAACAGACACGGCGGCCUAGAACUUCUGCGGAAAUCGUUCAGGAUAUGCAAGAAUUAUAUAAGCGCGGAUGCACUGAAAGGUUGGCUCAUGACGGCUUUGAUGUAUACGGCCAUGACAGAUUAUCCCACGCCAUCGAACUUUCUGAAUCCCCUGCCUGCUCAUCCAGUCAGAAAGAUGUGCGAGGCGAUCGACAGCUUAGCGCAUGAAAACGACACGUUUGCAAAGCUGUACAGGGCAGCUAACAUAUACUACAACUCCAGCGGAACUGCCACUUGUUUUAAUCUGGACGAUGAUUCCGAUCCUCACGGUCUCGCAGGAUGGCGGUGGCAGGCGUGUACGGAGAUGAUAAUGCCAACAGGUGGGAACAAUGAGGAGAGCAUAUUCCCAGCCUCAGAAUGGAAAUACGAGAAUAGAGUUGCUUUCUGCGAAGUUGCCUUCGGCACAGAGCCCAGGCCACAUUGGAUCACCACUCAAUUUGGCGGCCUUGGCAUCCACAGGGUUCUGAGAACAGCUGCUAGUAACAUUAUCUUCUUCAAUGGACUGAGAGACCCUUGGAGUGCUGGAGGGGUGGUGACGAAUAUAUCAGACACUAUAAUUGCUUUGGUUGCUAAACAAGGAGCCCAUCACGUGGACCUGAGAUUCUCCAGUAAGGAAGAUCCGCCGUGGCUUACACGGAUCAGGGAAGGGGAGCUCAGCAUCAUUUCUAGUUGGAUCUCUCACUAUUAUCAACAUCUAUCCCAAUGAACCGCCGCCUCGUCAUUGCGAUCUUCCACUCAAAAUUGGCUUCUAGAAACGUUUCGGGCAGAUAUUUCUUUUGGUUUAUUGGGCCAAUAAAUUUGCUCCCAAUUUAAUGACUUCAUUUGGUUCAGGCCCAUACAAACAUAAUGAACUCGAACUGAACUACUUUAAUAGAAGUUGGUUAAUAUUGGGCCUCCUAUCUUACUUUCGGUUCAAUUUUUACGCUGGUGAGGACUUCCAUAUUGGAUUUGAACCUACAAAGCAUUUCCCGGGCAUCUCACUUGCACCCGGAUUUCUUGAUGUCCAUCAAUACUGAGUUAUAUUUCUUGAUUUGAACCUACUUAUAUUUUUUCCCCCAUAUCGUAAACGGGAAACCUGAAUUAAAUUAAAUGUUUACAAAUGCACCAUAUUUUGUUA